AUGGAAGCUCGCCCCUUCUAUGGGAAGAAGAAAAUUCUGUGUAGGACGCGUUUACCACCCGAAGACGGAAGCGACGACAGCUGCCUAAGUGACACUGACAAUGAGGAUGCGGACUACAACCCUCCCCAACAGUUCAGCGCACCCCCCGAUAAUGACACAAGCGAAGAAAGUGAAGAAGAAGAAGAAUCGGUGCCAGCUUCCUCGAAAGGAGUGAAUCGGCCAGUGCACUGGUCAAAAACAUCUUCAUCUCUGAGUAAUGACGUUCCUCAGUGGGAAGGCGCUGCGCAUGAGAGCGAGGCCGUCAGGUCCCCAAUCGAGUACUUCCAGGGAUUCUUCGACGACAACGUGUUCAAUCUAAUUGUGCAGCAGAGCAAUCUUUAUGCAGUACAGCAAAACCCGAAUAAGCCUCUAGCCUUGUCCCGGGUGGAACUUGAGCAGUUUCAAGGCUGCACUGUCUACAUGUCGAUCUUCCAGCUACCACGAUCCCGUUUGUACUGGUCAGCUGAAUGCAGACCACCAGUUGUGGCCGAUAUUAUGACGCGCGACAGGUGGGAGGAGAUCAAAUCCUCGCUGCACUUCAACGACAACCUCAGCAUGCCACCAGCCGACAGCUCCCCGAAGGAUAGACUGUUCAAGAUUCGCCCGCUUCUCGAGAUGCUGCUCCCGAAAUUCGAAGAGAUUCCUCAGGAACAAUGCCUCUGUGUGGACGAACAGAUGGUUCCCUUCAAAGGGCACUCCAGCAUCAAGCAAUACCUCCCCAAGAAGCCUCACAAGUGGGGUUACAAAAUAUUCAUGCUUUGUGACUCCAGGGGUGUUGUACACUCUUUUGACGUGUACACUGGCCACAUCGAUCAAGUGCCGGGUUUUCCUGACAUCGGGGCAAGUGGUAACAUCGUCAUAAAACUGGCUCAGUGCGUGCAGCCUCAACUGGGCCACCUUCUGUACUUUGGCAAUUGGUUCACGUCUCUGAAGCUUCUCGUGACUUUGGCACAAAGAGGCAGAUAUGCCCUUGGUACUGUGCGUGCAAAUCGACUGCAGGGUUGCAAAAUGGCCUCGGACACAGAACUCCGCAAGAGAGGACGAGGAAGUGCAGAAGAGUACGAGGCAGUGGUGGAUAACCAGAAGGUGAUCGUUGUCAAGUGGUAUGACAACCGAUCGGUGAAAACCAGCAACGAAACCAAAGAUUUGAAAAUGUUAUUGAUGAGUAAUUUGUUUUAG